AUUCCCCUUACUUCUCUUUCCUUUGAACAUGAAAACCAGCCUCCUGUCGGCCUGGCGCCGAGCGGCGUCGACCUUGACCAAGGAAGCCGGCGACAUCAGUUCAGUCUUCCCCUCACUGUCCGGCAAGAAGCCAGACCCUCUGCCACCACGAUUCAGCGACUUGAAAAAGUCAUUGAUCAAAGGCAAUGAAGAGGCUCUGACCGAAUCUUGGCAGAGACUCCUAGCUAGCUUGAAGACGGAAAUCGAAGAGAUAAGAUCGGAGGGCAGCAACGUCAUACCGAGUAUCGAGUACCAAGAUGUCGCUGCCGGCACAGUGCCCCAGGCUAAGCUCAACGCCCUUCGCCAUCGCGGGACAGCCGUGAUCCGCAACGUCGUGCCGUGGCAUGAAGCACUCGCGUUCAAACAGCAAGCUCAGGAAUACAUUGCGGCUAACCACUCCAAAGUCAAGGCCUUCCCACCGGGCAAUCCGGCCGUGUACGAGCUCUACUGGACGCCCUCGCAAGUCAACGCCCGCGCACAUCCAAACCUGCUCAAGGCGCAGUCCUUCCUCGCGUCGUUCUGGCACUCUUCCGAUCCGGGCUCCGAGAUCUCGACGACUUACCCACUCACAUACGCCGACCGCUUCCGCAUCCGACAGCCCGGCGACGCCAAGUUCGCGCUGGGCCCGCACACCGACGGUGGCAGCCUCGAACGCUGGGAAGACCCGGAGUACUCGCGCGUAUACCAGGCCAUCCUGCACGGUCGGUGGGAGGAGUACGACCCCUACGACGCCCGCCACCGUAUCACCGCGCGGAUGGACAUGUACAACGGCGCCGGGGCAUGCAGCAUGUUCCGCCUCUUCCAGGGAUGGCUCAGCAUGUCGUCGACUGGGCCUGGCGAAGGGACAUUGAAAGUGUGCCCGCUCGUGCGGCAUGCGUCGGCUUACCUUAUCCUGCGGCCUUUCUUUGACACCAAAACGGGCAAAUUGAACCUUGAUGCAACGUUUCCGAACUCGGUGCCAGGAGCGUGUCAAGAAUAUAACACUGAGACCCAUCCGGACUUGGAUCUUGAAACAACCAUGGUCAGCAUGCCGCAUGUCGAGCCCGGUGAUUAUGUCGCAUGGCAUUGUGACAUGAUCCACGCGGUCGACAAGGAGCAUCGCGGGAAGGGGGAUAGUAGUGUCCUGUACAUUCCAGCGUGUGCAAUGACACGCUCGAAUAUCGAGUUCUUGCACAGACAGCGCAUGAGUGCGUUGAGAUAUAGUCCGCCACCGGAUUUCCCCGGAGCUGGUGGUGACGGAGAAAUCGGGUUCAAGGGUGCCGUGGAUUGGGAUCAGGUCAAUGAUGAAGGGAAACGGGCUAUGGGCUUGGGCAAGAAGACCUGGCAGAUCACGCCGAACAUGAGCGAAGGUGAGAGGAGGAUCGUUGAAGUAGGGAACCGGGUCUUGUUUGGGUGAGUGACUCUAGAGAGAGUGUGUGUGCACAUAAUUUUUUUAGUUAGGGAUUUGGCAGUCGAGAGCACUGGGUGAGCGCCUUUGAGAAACGGCGUUCAAGAUACAGGCCCUUUCACUAAGCAUGCCUGCGUAGGACAGCAUGGCUUCGGGUGCAAAGGUCCGCCCAGGUUCCAGGUUCCGAGAUGCUGAUGUGACUGCGAUGCUUGAGGAUGAAGAUGUUGGCCUGGUGGUCAGUAUUCGGGCUUUUCCCACAGGACCCUAUGGGGGAGGUGUCCGGUGGAAACGCCCCUGUUUCAGCUUGGUGUUUUUUCUCUCUCUCUCUCUCUCUCUCUCUCUCUCUCUCUCCUUGUCUGUCAUGGCAUAUGAGUUUGCAAGGCCUGAGUUUAGCUGCAGAGUCGAGUCAGCAGUCGUCAAAAGCUGCAAGCCUAAGGGGGGAAGAUGCCUGUUCAGUGUCAUUUUGGAGAAGCAGACACCGCAGCACACUGAAGCGAUUCCUAGAGACUCCAUGGCAAUAAAAC